AUGACCGCUCCAAUGCUCGCAGCUCCUCGAGUCGUCCUAGUGAUCCAUCUAAGCCUUGGUACUUCUGUGAACAUUGCAAGAAGACCGGUCACACAAAGGACCGGUGCUAUGAACUCAUUGGCUAUUCGGAUCGUCCUGCAUCGAAGGGCGAUCGCGGUAAUCGUUCGAAAGGGGGCGAUCGGGGCAAGGGCGCUCCUCAUGCUGCUCAAGUCGGUGCUCAAGCGAGCCCAAUUCCUGGGCUGA